CUACAGGAGCCAUUUUAGUAGCACACAUUUGCCGGGUUGCUUUUUAUUUUCAAGCGCAGAGGAGAUCUAAAGACAAAGUUUAGAGGGUAAGAAGCUUGAGUGAAUUAUUUCAGAAAAAUUGCUUCAGUUUUCUGAAAAUUUCAAUGAACCAAGAAAAUUUGAAGCAUCUUCACUAAGAAAACCUGGUGUACAGAAAUUCCAAGGACUUUGCUGAAGGGUCUUAAUCCAAACUGGAUUUUACUACUUGAUACUUGAACCUGUCUGGGAAUUUUUUCAUGUGGCUCUAAGUGGAAUGUUUUAUUAUGGCUGCUGUUGUCCAACAGAACGACCUAAUAUUUGAAUUUGCAAGUAACGUCAUGGAGGAUGAACAACAGCUUGGUGAUCCAGCUAUAUUUCCGGCUGUAAUUGUGGAACAUGUUCCUGGUGCCGAUAUUCUCAAUAGUUAUGCUGGUCUAGCUUGUGUGGAAGAGCCCAGUGAUAUGAUUACUGAAAGCUCACUGGACGUUGCUGAGGAAGAAAUCAUAGAUGAUGAUGAUGAUGACAUCACCCUUACUGUUGAAGCUUCUUGUCAGAAUGGGGAUGAAACUAUUGAAACUAUUGAGGCUGCUGAGGCACUUCUCAAUAUGGAUUCUCCUGGCCCUAUGCUGGACGAAAAGCGGAUAAGUAAUAAUAUAUUUAGUUCUUCUGAAGAUGACAUUGUUGCCCCAGUUACCCAUGUUUCUGUGACAUUAGAUGGGAUUCCUGAAGUGAUGGAAACUCCACAAGUACAAGAAACUUAUGUGGACUCACCAGGUGCCACAUCACCAGAACAGCCUAAAAGAAAGAAAGGAAGAAAAACAAAACCACCACGACCAGAUUCCCCAGCCACUACACCAAACAUAUCUGUGAAGAAGAAAAAUAAAGAUGGGAAGGGAAACACCAUUUAUCUUUGGGAAUUUUUACUGGCUCUACUCCAAGACAAAGCUACCUGUCCGAAAUACAUCAAAUGGACCCAGCGAGAAAAAGGCAUUUUUAAACUGGUAGAUUCGAAAGCAGUUUCUAGAUUGUGGGGAAAACACAAAAACAAACCUGAUAUGAAUUAUGAGACCAUGGGAAGAGCACUCAGGUACUAUUACCAAAGGGGUAUUCUGGCAAAAGUGGAAGGUCAGCGCUUGGUGUAUCAGUUUAAAGAAAUGCCAAAAGAUCUUAUAUAUAUAGAUGAUGAGGAUCCAAGUUCCAGCAUACAGUCCUCAGAUUCAUCACCACCUUCAACAACCACUUCAAGCAGGAAUGAAUCUAGUCGAUCAAGAGUGUCUUCAAGUCCAGUGAUAAAAGAGGCUACUACAGUCCUAAAACCAGGGAAUUCUAAAGCUACCAAACCCAAAGAUCCUGUGGAAGUCUCACAGCCAUCAGAAGUUUUGAGGACAGUGCAGCCCUCACAGGCUCCAUAUCCUACCCAGCUCUUCCGGACUGUUCAUGUAGUACAGCCAGUACAAGCUGUCCCAGAAGACACAGCCAUAACCAGUACCAUGCAGGAAGAAACAUUGAAUUCUUCUGUUCAGAGUAUUAGGACGAUACAGGCUUCAGCUCCAGUUCCAGUGGUCGUGUCUCCUGGCAACCAGCAGUUACAUACAGUAACACUCCAGACAGUGCCACUCACAACAGUUAUAGCCAGCACAGACCCAUCCUCAAGUGCUGGGUCUCAGAAGUUCAUUUUACAAGCCAUUCCACCAUCACAGCCCAUGACAGUGCUGAAGGAAAAUGUCAUGCUCCAGUCACAGAAGCCAGGCUCUCCUCCUUCAAUUGUCUUUAGCCCUGCCCACGUACAGCAGGUUCUUACAAGCAAUGUUCAGUCCAUUUGCAAUGGAACCGGAACCAUUAGUAUGGCUUCAUCCCCAUCCUUUAGUGCUACUACGCCCAUGGUGACCUUUUCUAGAAGUUCACAACUGGUGGCUCACCCACCAGGCACUGUUAUCACUUCAGUCAUCAAAACUCAGGAAACAAAAACUCUCCCACAGGAAGCAGAGAAAAAGGAAGGUGAAGAUCAUUUGAAAGAAGACACUGAGAAAAUUGAGCAACAGCCACAGCCUUAUGUGAUGGUGGUAUCCAGUUCAAAUGGGUUUACCUCUCAGGUAGCUGCGAAAAAAAAUGAACUGCUAGAACCCAACUCAUUUUAAUUAAUACACCAAAGGGAUUAGGAUGAUUCUUUUUAACUGAAGUCAUUUUUCAGUGGUCUACAGCACUCUCAUUCUAUGAUAAAUCCACAGAGGUUUCUAAUUUUAUAAUUGUUAAAAAUAGUUAAUUUUGACUUUACUAGAUGAGGAAAGCCUAAGUGUUUUUCUUCUCUAAAUGUUUCAAUUCAGUCGUGAAGGACCAGGCAUUUUAUACUAUGAAGACAUUCUUUUUGAGACUUCUUGUUCAGUUGUUAUAUCAUAAAUAUUUUUAAAAAUUUAUUUUCUAAUUUUACAUUGUGUUAGCUUUUCUGAUUCUUUUGUAAAUACAAUACUUGAGUAUAUGUCAAUCAGAAAUUUAUACAGGACAUCUUUUCAUUCCACUUAUAUAAUUUAAGUCUUUACUCAGAUGCAAGUAGCUUAUUUUAUACUGUUAAAAUUAUGUUGUCACUUUGAUUGACAUUAGUUGGCUGUAUUGCUUAACAAACUAAAUAUGCAAACUAAUAUUAAAAAUUGAAAGAUAGGGCCAGGUAUGGCGGUGCACACUUUUACUCCCAGCACUUGGGAGGCCGAGGUAGGAGGAUCACUUGAGUUUGAGGCCAGCCUGGGACUAUGGUGUUCCAGGUCAAUCUGGGUUAGAGCAAGACCCUACCUCAAAAAAAAAAAAAAAAUUGAAAGAUAAGCCUGGUGUGGUGGUACAUGAUUAUAGGCAAAAGGAUCAAGAGUUCAAGGCCAGCCUAAGCUACACAGUGACUUGGCUACAUGAGCCCGUCUUAAAAAAGGGGGCGGGGGUUGGUGGCACACACCUUUAAAUCUAACACUCAGAGGCAGAGGUAGGAGGAUUACCAUGAGUUUGAUGCCAGCCUGAGACUACAUGGUGAAUUACAGAUUAGCCUGGGCUAGACUGAGACCCUACCUCUUAAAACAAACAAAAAGAGCAGGGUAUGAUGGUGCAAUGCCUUUAAUCCCAGCAUGGAAGGCUGUAGUAAGAGGAUUAUUAGUGAGUUCAAGACCACCUAAGACUACAUAGUGAAUUCCAGGUCAGCCUGGAGUAGAGGGAGAUUCUACCUUGAAAAAAACCUAAUAUCUGGGUUUUAGAAAUAGAUAUUUUAAGAGCAUCAGCCUAUGAGUGGCAUUCCUAUUAACUAUGUAGGCUUGAGCAAGCUAUUUGAUCUUUUGGAGCCCUAGUUCUUGUAAGAAGAAGGGAUAAAUGGACUGUACUGAAUUUUCCUUCUUAAAUUUUAUGCUUCUAACACCUAUACUUUGUCAAAACAUUGUCACAUUGCUUCUUAAUAUAGGUAAAGUGUGUUUCUCCUAUAAAAUUCUUUCUGUUCUCAGUAAGAUCUACUGUACAUUCUCUCCUAGAUUACCGAUUCCUUAAACUACUGUGUAUUGUGGCUUAUCAGUACAUUUACAUUGCCGAGUGCUGAAUGCUGUACUGCUGUUCUGAUAGUCAGGGUUUUAAGAGUCAAGAAGGCAACGUGAGUCUUGGGCUAAUGUAGCUAAGCCAGUUAUUCUAAAAGCACAGUUGCUUUUUAUUUGGGUCAUUUUUUUAUUGUGGUGAAGUGGGGAAGUUUCAUACAGAGAUAACAUAUAUCCAAGUUUCUGAAAUAUAGUUUUUAGAUAACUUUUUCCAACUGUAAAUAAUGUAUAUUUAGUGCUAGAAGAAAUGUUUUCUGAAAAUUUUUAGAAUAGAUUUUUGUAGAUGAAAAAUCAUGUUUAGAGGUCUAAUGUUAUAUGUUUUCAUAUUACA